CACAUAUUAAUUGUAACAAAAAAAAAAAAAAACAAGAAUUAUUCUUUAAAUUCAAUUCAUAUCUAAAUCUUGUUAUCUAAACGACCCCUUAAUAUUAACCGAGUGAUUGUAAUCUUAGUCAUUUAAAACAUCCGUUUCUAUUUCGUUCAAAAAUAAAAAAAUUUAUUGAUCUCUUUGUUACUAUCCCAACUUUCAGUGACUAUCUACGUAAUUGACCCACAAAAGGCAAGUCAGCGACUGGCAGUGGCAGCCGAUUCCAUGGACGAUAUGAAACGGAAUCGCCCCGCCUUUAUUCACGCCGUCAACUCACGCCGCUGUCAUUCCAGCCUGCCGUCCCCUUUCAACAUUUUCCUUCUUUCCCUGAAAGAAAAACGGAAAGGUCUCAAUUCCCAACUAAUUAGGCGCAAAUCACAGAAUCGCCGGCCGCCGAUUAAUCAAAAGCAAGCAUGCAAGCAGCUAUCGUCGGCGAUUCACAUUCUCGCUUUCCGUAGCCCAUAGGGUCAGAAAUAAAAAAGCUACGAAACGCUCCUUCCCCACGCGCCAAAAGUAUCCAUCUCCUCCACCGCCGCCGCCGCUGCUGCUUCUAGCUCUCCCGUCGCCGGCACUCGUUUCUAUUGCAUUUUGCUUCAGAUUGACGGGAGCUGCUGAGGGAGGGGGACAGGCAAGAGGAGAAACCUGAGGCGGGGGGGGGGGGGGGGGGGGGGGGGGGGGAGGUUUUUCCAGCUUCCCUCUCCGGCAUGGAGGAGCAGCCUCUGAAACGGGCCUUGUUGGACGCAAGUGCAGGGGCGAUCGCCGGGGGUGUAUCUCGUACGGUUACUUCGCCCCUUGAUGUCAUCAAAAUCAGAUUCCAGGUUCAGCUAGAGCCAACUACAUCGUGGGCUUUGCUCAAUAGAAAUCUGACUGCUCCAUCCAAGUAUACAGGAAUGCUGCAAGCAACCAAGGAUAUAUUCAGAGAAGAAGGUUUCGCGGGUUUUUGGCGUGGUAAUGUUCCAGCUCUGCUCAUGGUUAUGCCGUACACUGCCAUACAAUUUGCUGUGUUGCACAAGAUAAAAUCAUUUGCAGCUGGUUCUUCCAAGACAGCUGAUCACAUUCAUUUGAGUCCAUAUUUGUCCUAUGUAAGUGGCGCUUUGGCGGGAUGUGCAGCUACCUUGGGAUCAUAUCCAUUUGAUCUUGUUCGCACCAUAUUAGCUUCUCAAGGGGAACCCAAGGUGUAUCCAACAAUGAGAUCUGCAUUUGUUGACAUUGUCAAAGCUCGCGGUUUUAAAGGCUUAUACGCAGGAUUAUCCCCAACCCUGGUCGAGAUUGUCCCAUAUGCAGGGCUCCAAUUUGGUACAUAUGAUACAUUCAAGCGCUGGGCCAUGGCGUGGAAUCAUUCUAGAUCCAGGACCAUGACUACUACAGAUGAUGAUAACCUUUCGAGCUUCCAACUUUUUAUUUGUGGCAUAGCUGCUGGGACGUGCGCUAAACUUGUUUGCCAUCCUCUUGAUGUCGUCAAGAAAAGAUUCCAGAUCGAAGGACUUCAGAGGCACCCGAAAUAUGGUGCUAGAGUCGAACACCAUUCGUACAAAAACAUGUUUGAUGCCCUGCGCCAGAUCGUGCUGGCGGAAGGCUGGGCUGGUCUAUACAAGGGGAUCGUCCCCUCGACUGUCAAGGCUGCUCCUGCCGGUGCUGUAACGUUUGUGGCUUAUGAAAUGACUUCGGACUGGCUAGAAUCUAUUUGGACUUGAAUCUGGAAAAACAGGAUUGAUUUUUUUUUUGGUUAUAGUGUUUCUUGACGCAGAAUAUAGGCCGUCUACCAUUCAUUUUUGUUUACCUAUUAACGCACGAAAAGCUCAGCCUCUCCCCAAGACGGGGGCUUUCACCACAUAGUAUUCUUCCUUUUUGCCUAGUCAGUAUUAUAUAGGGAUACCCGAUUUGAGAUUGUAUUCUUUAGAUUAAAAGAAAAGCCAUAAGUUGAG